AAAAGGCGGAACGCGUGCAGCUCCACCGUCACUUUGCAGCUCGGAGUGGCACGAGACAUUCGGGCUGCUCGCUGGUCACCUUAGAAACAGACCGCACGAGGGUGCAGAGGGAGACGGGACACCGCGCGCAGCCCGGGCUGUGAGAUUGGUUGUUUUGCCAGGGGGACCACCGAAAUGGCGCUGUCUCGGAGCUUCCUGUCAGAGGAGCAGUUCCAGUGUUCCAUCUGCCUGGACAUCUUCACCAACCCAGUGUCCACGCCGUGCGGCCACAGCUUCUGCAUGGCCUGCAUCGGACACUACUGGAGUGGAAGUGCGGCCUGCCAGUGCCCGCUGUGUAAGGAGAGCUUUCGGAGGCGGCCGGAGCUGCACAUCAACCGCACCCUGCGGGAGAUCACCGAGCAGUUCAAGCGCAUGUCUGGCCGCAGCGUGUCCGACCAGCCCCCUGCCAGGCCCGCCGAACUGUCCUGCACCCUCCUCGACGAGAUGAAGCGGAAGUUCCAGAAGGUUCCGGCCACCCGCAGCCCCCAUCUCCCCGCCUCGGUGUCCGCCGCCUCGGGGCCGGUGCCCGGCACCUCCUUGCGGAGGUACACCCUCAGCGGCGCAGCCAACAGCCUGCACACGCCCCUCUGUCCCAAGCAUCAGAGACCCCUGAAGUUCUUCUGCCGCACCGACCGGGACUACAUCUGCGGGGAGUGCGUGGAGACGGGGCACCAGGUCCACGACACAGUCUCCAUCGAGAAAGAGUGGCUGGUCAAUAAGUCUCAGCUGGGCACAAGCGAGGCAGAAGUCCAGCAGAUGAUUGAAUGCAGAAUAAGGAAAGUGGAGGAGAUCCGAACAUCACUGGUGGACCUCAAAGCGUUAUCCGAGCGGGAGACGCAGGGCAGUGUGCGCAUGUUUGCGGCGCUGGUGAGCUCGGUGGAGCGGAGCCAGGCCGAGCUGCUGGAGGUGAUCCAGAUGAACCGGGUGGCGGUGGAGCAGCACGCGGAGGGCCUGAUCCGUGAGCUGGAGGAGGAGAUCGAGGAGCUGAGGAGCAGGAGCGACGUCCUCGAGCAGAUCUCCCGCUCCAACGACUACGCCCUCUUCCUCAAGAAUUUCGACGCCAUCUGCAUCCCUCCCCAGACGAAGGACUGGUCUGGUGUGUCAGUGAACUCUGACCUCUGUGUGGGCGCCAUCUACAGGACGGUGUCAGAACUGGUGGAGCGUUUCCAGGAGGAGCUGCAGAGAUUGCCAGGGAUGAGCAUUCGGGUUCCAGUGGACCCCUCUCCUACAAAAUUACAGCCAAAGGUGAAGACCAUACAAGAGUAUGCAGCGGAUGUGACGCUGGACUCCAGCACUGCCCACCCCAGGCUUAUCCUGUCUGAGGACAGGAAACAGGUGAGGUGUGGAGACAGGUACCAGCACGUCCCAGACAACUCAGAGAGGUUCGACCGUGUGGUGUGCGUCCUGGGCCGGGAGGGGUUCACUGGCGGGAGGCACUACUGGGAGGUGGAGGUGGGGGGCAAGACUGACUGGGAUCUGGGCGUGGCCAGCCACUCCGUCAGCAGAAAGGGAAAGAUCACCAUCAACCCCAGCCACGGCUUCUGGUUCCUCAGCUUCAGAGACAGCAAUAGCUAUGCCUUUCAGACAGAGCCCUCCACCUCCCUAAAACCCCAAAAAAUAGGGGUGUUUCUGGACUAUGAGAAAGGGCAGGUCUCUUUCUACAAUGUCAACACCAAGCUACACAUCUACACUUUCAUGGACACUUUCUGUGAAACUAUCUACCCUUUCUUCAGCCCCUGCACCAACAAGUCAGGUAGAAACGAGGCCCCCCUAGUCAUUUCACCCGUCAUGCUACCCGACUGAGAUGCCAUGUCCUUGGUUUUUGCUUAUUCAGAGGGAUAUGUUAGACUGUAUAGCAUAUGAGCAGCAGUGUGGUGUAAUGGUAAGGAGCAGGUCUUGUAACUGAAACGUUGCUGAUUCGAUUCC